AUGUUGCUUUUACCUUCUUCAGCCUACACACUGGCUACAUGGAAGCAGAAAAUCAAACAAAAGCUUCAGAAUUCCUUCUGCUGGGCCUCUCAGAGGAUCCUGAACUUCAGCCUCUCUUCUUUGGACUCUUCCUGUCCAUGUACCUGGUCACUGUGCUUGGGAAUCUGUUCAUCAUUCUGGCUGUCAGCUCUGACCCCCAUCUCCACACCCCCAUGUACUUCUUCCUCUCCAACCUGUCCUUUGUUGACAUCUGUUUCAUCACAACCACAGUCCCAAAGAUGCUGGUGAACAUCCAGACACAGAGCAAAGACAUUUCUUACAUAGGAUGCCUCACUCAGGUUUAUUUUUUCAUGAUUUUUGCUGGACUGGACAAUUUUCUUCUGUCCUUGAUGGCUUAUGACCGGUUUGUGGCCAUCUGUCACCCCCUGCACUACACAGUCAUCAUGAACCCCCGGCUCUGUGGCUUGUUGGUUCUGAUGUCUUGGGUCAUCAUUUUCUGGGUAUCUCUGCUUCUUAUUCUAUUGCUCAUGCAGCUGAACUUUUGUAUAGGCACUGAAAUACCACAUUUCUUCUGUGAACUGACUCAGAUUAUCAAAGUAGCCUGUUCUGAUACCCUCAUCAAUAACAUCUUCUUGUAUGUGUUGACUGCCCUGCUGGGUGUGUUUCCCCUCACUGGGAUCCUCUUCUCCUACUCUCAGAUUGUCUUCUCCUUAAUGAGGAUGUCCUCUGCUGGAGGCAAGUAUAAGGCUUUUUCCACCUGUGGGUCUCACCUCUCGGUAGUCUCCUUGUUUUAUGGGACAGGUCUUGGGGUCUUCCUCAGUUCUGCUGUGACCUAUUCCUCCCAGAGAAUCUCUAUUGCUUCAGUUAUGUACACGGUGGUCACACCCAUGCUUAACCCCUUCAUCUACAGCCUAAGGAAUAAGGAUGUGAAGGGAGCCCUAGGAAGGCUCCUCUAUAGAGCAGCCUCUUGUCCAUGAUGAUGGUCACUGGCCUCAGGGCUAAAUGGGCCUCAUGGUCCUCAAAGCCAAAUGUCAUGAAUUUAAAUAUCCUGAAUCUUUUUUCUUCCUCAAAAGACAGACAUCAUUUCUUCCAAUCCCAAAGCACCUAUGACUUUGCUUUCUACUUGUUAUUGUACUAUUUUUCCUCAGUAAUUCUUUUUGACUCUUCUUUCCUAUAUGCUGUCC